AGUGACACUGUAAUGUAUCUCCCAAUGGUAUUGAGACUACGUGCCUCAGAAUGAGGUUACAUUGCUUCCUGUUUGUAACUGAAGAGCAGCCAGUUUUCAAAGCACAGUGAUAAGAGAGAGGUAACUAGGCGAGGUAAAAAUAGACUACAGUGUAGCACACCUCACUGACUAAACACUGUGAUGCCCUGUAGCCUGAGAGCAGACAGACAACACGUUUUGUUCAAGACGGCUGGAAUAUGGGAGAGUGUAAAAUUGAAGUGAUAGGUCUGGCGCUGUUAUCUCUGGCCCUGUUGAUCUCUUUGUGUCUCAAUGUCAUCUUCUGGAUCAGACGAAGAGCCACUUUGUGCGGAGACAGAGAUGAGUGCUGCAAUCCACAAAUUUAUGAAAGAGAAAGCCUGUCACAGGAUGCAGGGCAUUAUUUUCAUAACCUCAAUCAUCAUGAGCAGGAGGAAAAUCCCCACAAUGAUCAUGAGCAACAGGAAAAUCCAAUCUAUGGCAACAUCAGCACAGACAGACGAGGUUCGCUAGAAGUUUGUUACGAGAUGAUGACCAUGAAACACACAAGAGAUCGUAUGAAGUCUUUAGAGCCUGACCUGAAUUAUGCCUCGCUGGAUCUAAAGGUGGCAAAUAAAUACAAAAAGAAGCACCGCCAUCAGCAGGGCCACACUCAGGGACGAAUCAAACCACAAGAUCAGCUGCCAGUCGACCUCACGCCCCCUGGGAAUGCUUUCUUGGAGGUGGAAGCGGAUAUGGAAGCUCAACUUCCUUCCAGAGACAACAGCACCAUGAUCUCACACAGUAGCAUCUACCUGAACAGCCAACAGAUAGCCCAAGAGACAGAGGUGAUGGAAAGAGAAAGAGGCAUAGACAUGGAGAGGGAGAAUGUGGGUUGGGAGGGAAUAAGAAGGCGGGAGGAUGGCGAAAGUAGAAAAUGGACAAGAGAGCAAGAGAGUGAGGAAAGAAGAGACAGACAAGAUUGUAAUGGAAGUGUAUGUACACAGCUUUCAGAGGUAGAGGCUAUUCAAAGUGGCACGGAUCAUUUCAUCAGCAGCUUUAGCCAUGAUAGUGUCCAACAAGAUUAAGCAAACAUCAUACUAAGACUGUUCAUUUCAAACUGUUCAGAAUUGAAUAGGCCACCUGAAAAAGCAAAUAAAAGUCCAUUACUGUGUCUGCCAGAAUGAAAAUAUCAUUUUCAAUAAUCAAAAAGCUUUAUGCAGUUAAGCAAUUUCCUCUCCGGUGCGAGCAAACUACCUCUAGAACUCUUGAGCAACUGGGGAACAAAGGUGUGUACCUUUCUGUGCAGAGGAUGUAAUAAACGUAGAGGAUGCAAAGAGAAAAGGAAACUCUGUGUGUGACCUUUAGAGGUCAAGAGUCACGUGGAAAUUCUCUAAUUUGUUGCGAAAGACAAGGAAAACAUCAAAACAUCAGAGGACACGGAAGAUCUUGCACUGUUGUGAUGUCUCAUAAUCAGACAUCAACAGAUGUCUCACAGAAAGGUGUGAAGGGGAAAAAAAAAUCUUUACAUUUGUUUUCCAUGCUGUAGGCGUUGGCCAAGUCUCGAAAGGUGACACUUUUCUUGAAUAAAUGUACUUCCUUAAACACAUGUAAAUCUGCUUUUCAGCCAUGUUAUGACUGAAGAUAAAAUUAACAUGAAGAUCAAAUUAAAGCCAAGAAAGUAAAAAAGGGGGAAACCUACAAGUAAUGUAAUUUUUGUUUCCCUGUGGGCAUAUUGUUACGUAAAUGUCACCCACAAAGGAUUUUCCACGUCAGAGUUAUGAUAAUGGUCAUUAGCUCUAUAAUCUAUUGCAUUUAUGGUCUAAAGCACCAUCUGCUUAAAUGAUUAUUCCCCUCUUUUUAAUCCCCUCUCGGGAAGGAUAAUUUACUGCCCUGCUUUCUGCUGCGGGAACCGAGCUUUGAAACGAACUUAGCAGUCGGAGGCCUGCAGCCACAAACCGUCUGACAGUUUUUCAAUAGCUGACCAUGGCCUACUUCCCUCUAUGGAUUAAUAUUUGGCCUCAGGCGUUCUGGAUCUAACUGUUGCAGAUAUACAGUACAGUGAAAGCAACAGAAAAUGACACACACAAAUAACAGAGCAAUAUUAGUCAAAUCUUUGUAUGAAAAAACCUAGAAAUAUUUUUCUUUCAAAAUAUAUAGUGUAUCCAUAGAGAUCACACUGAAGCUAUAAUUAAUAGGAUGUUAUCAUAAGUAAAUUACUAUCAGCUAGAUUCUAAAAACAUAGGUAUAAGUGAUUGACACCAUUGCCAAGAAUCCUUACACACUGUAUCAGUCUCUGCAUUACAUUUUACACCGUAUGCCUAUCAGCUGAAUUUCAGGAUGUUUCCUUGCCUUGCUUUGGGUGACAUAAUGAAAGGAACUCUUUUUUUAUCUGGCUCAACCAGAGGAAAGGUUUUUAAGGUGUCUUGCAAUAGCAGAUAGUGGAAUGAUGAAAAGAAAAAGUGUGUGUGUGUGUGUGUGUGUGUGUGUGUGUGUGUGUGUUAGGAAGGAGUUAGACAGGAGUGAUGCUAAGGUAUCAUGGUAAAAUUGAAAGUGAUAUCUUAAAAGAUAGGUUCACAAUUUUGGAUGGCAGUCUUAAACAACAGUUUGAUGCCCAUAUGGACAUUGAAACAGGUUUUUACAUACUGGAAUUAUUCAUCUGUCCUGUUUAUAAAAAUCCCUCCCAAAUGUGCUUUCAAUAGAACAAAUCAAGUCCUCCAAAGUUAGUCUUUUUUAAGGUAUAGCUCGCUCUUUGUGUUUCCCCAGACAGUGUUUCAUAGCUGAGCUGCAGUGGAAGGAUACUAACACAAAAGGGGAACUCUGUACUAAAAAUACUUUCUCUAAGUUAGACUGCUGAAUCUUCAUUUUAGCUUCAGAUAAACUUUGGAAUCAAUUUCCACACUUACAUUUCCUCCCAUCACUUACACUGAAAGUGCAUGAGGAAGGGAUCUUAUGAACAGGAGGAAUGGAUUGUUUGACUUGACUUGUGGCUCAGAAAGAAUAUUUAAAUGUGCCGAGGUAGAUGAAUCAAGUGCUCAAGCUACACUUUUAUGCCUCUAUACAUUGUGUAUUAUUCAACUGUAGUUUUGAUGAA